UCGCGUUGACUGUGUUAGCAUUAGCUCUUUGCUAGACCACAGUGAUUUCGCCAUACGCUUCAACUUUUGUGCUUCCAACUAAACAAACUUAUUUGUCUCGUGUUAUCGACGCCGAUGCGGAUAAUGCUAUGCUAACGCUAAUCUUGCUGUCAGUGUAGGUUCAUGAAUGUGCUCAAAGUUAAACUUAACGCACUUCAUAUAUACUAUUUUUUAUGUUUAUGUUAAGACUUAAUAACAAUGAGGGCUCUUCGUGCUGCUAAAACACAACAUUUGUUCACUUUGAUUCGUUCUGUUAGUCCAGCAACAGCAGCUCCCAGCAGACUUUUGUGCACGUCUCCUCCAGAGAUAGACGAGAAUGGACCGUCCAUGCUGCGACACCUGACCUCCAAAAUAAAAGCCACUGGUCCAAUUUCAGUGGCCGAGUACAUGAGGGAGGCGCUCACCAACCCAGUGACGGGUUACUACGUGCGGAACAACAUGCUGGGAGCCGAUGGAGACUUCAUCACCUCACCUGAGAUCAGUCAGAUCUUUGGAGAGCUGCUUGCCGUGUGGGUCAUCAGCGAGUGGAUGGGGGCGGGUCGGCCCAAACAGCUCCAGAUAGUCGAGCUGGGACCCGGGAAAGGAUCUUUGGCCAGUGAUGUUCUUCGAGUUUUGGGUCAGCUCCAGUCAGUGCUGGGCGGGGCUUCGGUGUCGCUCCACCUGGUGGAGGUGAGUCCGGCUCUGAGUCGCCUCCAGGCACAAAGUCUGACUGGGACCAGCAGCCAGGAGGCAGAUAGCGAGGAUGAGCCCGUUUACCGUCACGGCCAAACCGCCGGUGGCCUGCAGGUGUUCUGGUACCGCCGCUUAGAGGAUGUCCCUCGUGGCUUCAGCAUCUUUCUGGCUCACGAGUUCUUUGAUGCUUUGCCCAUCUACAAGUUUCAGCGCACGGCGAGAGGCUGGAGGGAGGUGAUGGUGGACAUCGACCCGGACAAACCGGGCCAACUGAGGUUUGUGGUGGCACCGUCACCCACUCUGGCGUCCACAACACUGGUGCAGGCAGAUGAAACGCGGGAUCACGUGGAGGUGUGUACAGAGGGCGGAGUCAUCAUCCAGCAGCUGGCCCGCCGCGUGGCAGAGGAGGGCGGGGCGGCGCUGAUCGGUGACUAUGGCCACGAUGGAAGCAAGACCGACACAUUCCGGGGGUUCAAAGGUCACCAGCUCCAUCAGGUCCUGGUGUCUCCGGGCUCGGCCGACCUGACCGCCGACGUGGACUUCAGCUACUUGCGCCGCAUGGCGGGAGGAGGCGUGGCCUGCUUGGGACCUGUCAGUCAGAGGACUUUCCUGAAGAACAUGGGCAUUGACACGCGCAUGCAGGUUCUUCUGAGGAACUGCAGCGACCCGUCCACCAAGCGCCAGCUGAUCAGCAGCUACGACGUGCUGACCCAUCCCACCAAGAUGGGAGAGCGCUUCCUCUUCUUCGGCCUGGUGCACCUCAGCCGCCUCGCCAAGCCCAAGAUGGCCACCGGGCUCAAACUGGAGAAGAAAAGCCCGGCACAGCUUCCUGUCGCUGGAUUCACAGAGAUUGGUUUCUCCUAAUCUGCUACACAGAACCUGCUGUGGAAAUAGGAACAGAACCUCCAUGAUGACAUCAGAAACUUUUAUAACAAAAGUUCACUGAGUCCAACAUGACAAAGUUCUACACGCUGAAAGUCAAAGGUCAUGUAGUGAUGUCAUGAAGCAGGUGGGGGAGGAGCAGCUGAAGACCACAGAUAAAUAAAACUUCAAGAAGACGACUAAACGUUCACGUUGAAGAUGUUUGUUAGCAGGACGCUGACAAACAAGAAGAAGAAAGUUCCUCUAAAUAGCUGUAGAGGCUUUUUGAGGUGUAAGAAUGAAUAAAAAAAAUAAAAUUA